AUGUCAAACCACACGAUAGCAACCCUCCCCCGCCUGACCGCCACCAACCUCUCCCAAAUUAUUCUCACCGAAUCGACCUCUUCAUCAAACCUAGAUGCCUCAACACCGCCAUCCAAGAUAGCAAUUGUAGACGUAAGAGAUGAUGACCACAUAGGCGGCCACAUCAAACACUCCCUCCACGUCCCUUCCCGCACCCUCGACAUCAAAACCCCCGAGUUAGUACGCAAGCUCGCCUCGAAAGAAGCAGUUGUCUUCCAUUGCGCACUAUCACAGCAACGAGGGCCCUCUGCAGCACUGCGAUACAUUAGAGAACGCGAGCGGCUGAUGGGCAAAGGCAGCGUGAGCACAGGGCAUGCCAGUGGAGUGGGCGAGAUGCUGAAGAAGAAUGCCGAGGACAAGGCUGAAGGGGAGAAAGAUGGGGAGUGGGAGGAUGUGGAUGAGGUCAAGGAACAGAAGGUUUAUGUGCUGGAUCAGGGCUUCGUUGGCUGGCAGCAGGAGUACGGCGAAGAUACGAGGUUGACGGAGGGGUAUAGGAAAGAGUUGUGGAAGGAUGGGUAUUGGAUGUGA